AUGUCUGCUGACCUCUUUGCUGAGUUUGGCACAUUCAACUCGGCGGCUCCGCAGCAGUCCACCCAGAAGCCGAACUUGUCCAGCCCCGACCCCUUCGCUUUCUUGUCGAGCCCUACGGCGCAGUCUACCUCACCACAGUCCUUCCAGCCGCCGCCGCCGCCGCAGCAGCAGCAGCCAUGGUCAAACGUACAGCAUCGCCAGAGUGCCACCGCCGGCUGGUCAAGCUUCGGGACACCCAGCCCAACUCCAGUGGUCCCGCAGCAACCAAAGCCCAACGAGACCGCGGACGACGAUGAUGGAUGGGGUGACUUUGAGGAGGCACCGCCCUCUGCGACAACCACGCAUCCGCCGGUUCCGAUACCCGCCAGCACUCCAACCGUUACUAUGGCUGCUGGACAUGUGACUGCCUCGAACCCGCCGCCGAUGAGGACCCGAAUCGCCCGGGUAAAUACUUUGGAUCUCAUGGCAAAUAAUUGGGGACCGGCGGCGGGUGGGAAGGAGAAGACUGGGCCUGGUUCGCAGCAGACUCGCCCAUCGAUGGGGCCGACAGCCACGAGUUCGUCGAGCCUGUGGUCAACGCCCCAAGAAACGUAUCAAGCAGCACCUCCGAUUUCGAAACCCCACGCAAAUAAGGCGAAGCCAAAGAACAAUGACCCCGACGUACUCUUUGAUGCAGACGACUUUGACGGAGAAGCACCGGAUGAUGACGAGGACGAUUUUGGCGAUUUUGAGACCGGCGAGGGCGAGACUACGGUCAAAGUGUCGGCCCCUGCCCAACCUGCAAUAGCAGACCUGAUGUCUCUUGACUUCGGGCCUCCUGCUACACAGCCAGCGCCAGCGCUUGUGCCAGCCCCUGAGCAUAAGCAGGGUCGGAAAGAAGCGCCAUCACAGCUUUUGUCUACACUGAGCAUCGGUGGUCCACCACACUCUCCGACAUCUCUUUACCCACAACCGCCCAAAUCUCCGGCUUUCUCAGACAGGAAUCCUUUUCCAGGCCUGUCUGUGACUACUCCAGUAUCUGGAUCGUUCCCGCAAGAUCUGAAGGACGAUGCGAAGAAGUCACCGGAUCCUAUGACUGCGUGGCCAGACGGCGAUUCCGCGACGGAAAAGGAGGACUGGGACGCAUUCGCCGACCUCCCACCUGGUGCUUCUAGUGCCACACCAGGAGCUGGUGGACCAUCAGCUGUGUCUUCGAGUUGGGACUGGGAUGCGGUCGAGGCGCCUCAGGUGACCUGUACAUCAUCUGCACCAAAAGCCGCUCCGCGCAAGUCAUCGGCUUCUGAAAGCAUCGGCCCACCCCCGACAAACAUCCCUCCUCCCUCCAUUCUCCUCUCCAUUUUCACUGAGCUGCUCGAAGAAGCGGAGACCAAGCUCUACAAGCCUACCGCCAACCAAACAGCGGCCGUGAAAACGCGGAUUUAUGCGGAUCCUGGAACUCUGGCUUUUCUCAGGGGCUACAUUGUUCUCGCCACUGUUGCAGCUCGUAUCCUAGUUGGUCGGAGGCUGCGGUGGAAUCGUGACAAAUUCCUCGCGCAGGGCAUGUCCAUCUCGGCCGCUGGGUCCAAGGGUGGCAUGAAGCUGGCGGGCAUAGACAAGGCCCAGUCCGCUCGCGAGAACCGCGAAGCCGCAGACGUAAUUGGCGUUUGGCGGGACUACGUGGGGAAACUGAAGACCGCGGUAGCCCAGGCCAAUAUCGGCAUGCAAAAGCAGCCCGUGAAGAUGGAGCCGCUCAAGGUUCCUGAGAUCAAUGAUCACAUGGCCGUCACCACCGCGAAGAUGGUGCCCACCGCGCCCAAGGCGUGUGUCAUAUGCGGGCUGAAGCGGGAAGAAAGAGUCAAGGGCGUGGACCUUGAGGUCGAGGACAGCUUUGGGGAAUGGUGGGUCGACCACUGGGGCCACAGGACAUGCCGGAAUUUCUGGCUGGGCAAUGAGGAGAAAUUGCGCUCUCGAUGA